GUCAGUGAUGCGUAUGUGACUACUGUGUGACAUGGCAGUGUGAAUGUCAUUGGAAGGGUGAUUUGUUUUGGCUGUGGUGAUGGCUUCAUCGAAAUUGUGUGUUGUGUAUUUUGUGAUAUUUGUUUGUUACCAGCGUGGGUAUGGGUCUUCAGCUGCGAACGUUGUACAGGAUAAUGAUUUCCGUCCUUAUCCAAAGUAUGAUAAUUAUUUGGACGUAACCAAAAAAUUAAAUGAAACUGUUUUACAGUACCCUGAACUCAGUAAGUUUUACAGCAUAGGGAAAAGUUUACAGGGACGAGAACUUUGGGUCGUUCAGUUGAGUUCAGAUGUCAAAAGUAGGACGUUGUUGAAACCGAUGUUUAAGUAUGUUGCAAAUAUGCAUGGUGAUGAGACUGUUGGCAGACAGCUAAUGAUUUUUUUAGUUGAAUAUCUUUUAAAAAAUUACGGACGAGAUGAACGAGUGACAAGACUGUUGGACACCACUGAUAUACAUAUAAUGCCGUCCAUGAAUCCAGAUGGUUUCGAGAAUUCUGUGGAAGGAAGUUGUGAAACGAAGAAUGAUUCCAGUGGUCGAACGAAUGCAAAUGGAGUGGACCUGAAUCGUGACUUUCCAGAUCAGUUUGAUCAAAAUCAGAAUGAUCACGAUUAUAUCACAACUGGCAGGCAAAAUGAAACUUUAGCUGUAAUGACAUGGAUUGUGUCAAAUCCUUUUGUACUGUCUGGAAACCUACAUGGUGGCGCUGUUGUCGCAAGUUACCCAUUUGAUGACUCAGGAACGUCCCGUGAGUGCUGUGAAGAGAGCAAAUCUCCUGAUGAUGCUUUGUUUCAAUCAUUGGCACGCACCUAUGCUGCUGCUAAUCCUAAAAUGACUGAUGGAAGUGCGUGCCCACUAGAGAAAUUUAAAAAUGGUAUAACGAAUGGUGCUAUGUGGUAUGAAGUGAAAGGAGGCAUGCAGGAUUUCAAUUAUGUAUAUUCCAAUUGCUUUGAAGUGACAUUUGAAUUAAGCUGUUGUAAGUUCCCUAAUGCUUCUGAAUUGUCGACUGAGUGGGAAAACAACAGAGAGAGUCUCUUAAGUUUCAUGGAAGCUGUGCACAAAGGAAUCAAAGGACUUGUUUUGAAUGACCAUGGUGAUCCCAUUGAGGCUGCACGAGUUUCAGUAGAAGGCAUAGCACAUGACAUAGUAACAAGUAAACAUGGUGAGUUCUGGCGGUUACUGUUACCUGGAACAUAUACUGUAAAUGUAUCAUCCCCGGGCUACACUUCAUCUCAGAGGCAGAGUGUAGUUGUUCCAGAGAAUGGAACAAUAAUCAUGAACUUCACCCUGCAGCGUCUACCUCGUAAUGCUUCUGAGGACAUGAAACCAGAGGUUAUGACACAUCCAUUAACAAAUGCUGAAGGUUUUAUUCUGCCUACUUCAUUUUAUCACCAUAACUACACAGAGAUGGAAAACUUCCUUAAAAGCAUAGCAGAAACAUAUCCUUCAAUCACGCGCUUGUAUUCUAUUGGUAAAAGUGUUGAAGGUCGACAGCUAUACGUCAUUGAAAUUACUGACAACCCAGGACACCAUGAACCAGGUGAACCAGAAGUGAAGUAUGUGGGUAAUAUGCAUGGUAACGAAGUGGUGGGACGUGAGGUGCUGCUACUCUUCAUAAAAUUCCUAUGUGAGAAUUAUGGAACCAAUGACACUGUUUCACGCAUUGUGAACUCUACUCGAAUUCAUAUUAUGCCAAGCAUGAAUCCUGAUGGUUAUGUCAGAGCUAAAGUUGGUGAUGAGGAUGGUGUUAUUGGACGAGAGAAUGCUCAUGGCAUAGAUUUGAACCGGAACUUCCCUGAUCAGUACCAACAAACAAAGGACAAUCGAGUGACAGAACCUGAGACGGCUGCUGUUAUGCACUGGAUUCUGUCUUUCCCAUUUGUGUUAUCAGCAAACUUGCAUGGUGGUGCACUGGUAGCCAAUUAUCCAUUUGAUGACAAUCCUCCAGGCCGGAAGGGUGCAAAUCCUACUCCAGAUGAUGCUGUAUUUCGCUGGCUUGCAAAUUCCUAUGCUCAGGCUCAUCCUACAAUGCAUAAAGGCCUACCCUGUCCACUUUUUACAUAUGACCACUUUCCUGGUGGCAUCACAAAUGGUGCAGUUUGGUAUGAAGUGCCGGGAGGAAUGCAGGACUGGAAUUAUGUGAAAGCUGGAACCAUGGAGCUAACUCUGGAAAUAGGAUGCACAAAAUAUCCACUUGCUAAAGAUCUGCCUCGGUAUUGGAGCGAAAAUCGUGAACCAUUACUGCAACUCUUAGACAAGGUUCAUGAAGGUGUUAGUGGAUUUAUUCUAGACAAGAAUGGUGAUCCGGUUCGCAAUGCUACUAUAACUGUUUCAAGUCCAACUAUUGGUGCUUUACGUGAUGUACACUCUGCUGUUGAUGGUGACUACUGGCGCCUGCUGCCUCCAGGCACCUAUUCACUAAGUGUGUCCUCCCCUGGCUACAUCACAAAAACCAUUCAAGUUGAAGCACCUUCAUCUGGCACAGUUAAUAUUACUCUUGAAAAAACGGAGGUCACUGAACUGAAUCCUGGACGUUGGUCAAGAAUUUAUGAUUUUGGUCUGAAUGAGAACGUGGCUCCAGUCCAAGGGUAUUCCGAUCAGAAUACAUUCAUGCAGCAGUUGCAGUAUCUGAGUUUACAGCAUCCAGACAAAGCAGAAAUGCAGAAUGGUGUAUUAAGAAUAACUGAUGAGAUGGGUGCACCAGAAGAGGGCAAGCUGCAUGUGGCACUGGUAGGAUCAUUAUUUUCCUCUCAGCCAGCAGGCCGAGAAUUGAUGCUACGAGUUGCAAGACAUUUGUUGGCUGGAAUUGCAAAACAAGAUCCUCUUGUUACUAAUGUUCUUAAAAAUACAGUAGUGGUUAUUGUGCCUGGUGCCAAUCCACAGAUGUAUGAUGGUAGUGUCUGUAAUCCACCAGCUGGUCCUCUCGACUCUGGAGAAGCUAUAAAUCCAGCAGUACGGUCAUUGUUGGGCGUACUUAAUAUUGAGCAGCCGGAUGCAGUGCUUGCUGUUGGUGGUGGAAGUCUCCGCUUCAGUGUACCAAAUGCUGAGCUGGAUACUGUGAAUGAAGCAGUGAUUAAGAUGUUGUCUGAUAGUUAUUCGGAACACAUGCCGGCAAUUAAAGACUGUCCUGCCACAGCUGUUGGUAAUGAGAGAUGGAUGAAUGCAGAAAACCAGAUCCUUGCCACAGUUUACCAAGACUUCUCUGUUCCAAUGGUAGUGUCACAUAUAACAUGCUGUCAGAAUCCCCAGCUGUCUCAACUUACUCCACUUUGGAUGCAGAAUUUACGUCCACUAAUGCGCUUCAUUUCUGCAACACAACAAGGUAUUCGAGGUCGUGUUGUUGACCCAGAUGGUCAUCCUGUCCGUACAGCAGUAGUUACAAUCACAGGAUCUCCAAGAACUGUUUCUGUUACAAAGAAUAAUGCUUUAUUCAGAUUCAUUCUUCCAUCAGGAACAUACACUUUGAAUGUGUCCGCCAAUGGAUAUUAUCACAUUUCAAGGAAUUUUACAGUGUACACUGAACAGCUUACUGAGCUUAAAGUUGAACUUCAGCCAAUUCCUGGAGCUUCAUACCAUGGCUAUACAAGACUUCAGAAAUUGAUGCUUCAUUUGAAUUCAGAAAAUGCUGAUAUUUCGAAGUUGUACUCAAGCGUGCUGCAGGUCCACUGUAUCUGUCUCGCGUGUGUGACUUCUGGUAGUAAACCGAUUGAAACACUCCCAACUUUGGCAUUGGUUGGUGGACUUUAUGCUGAACCAGUUACAACAGAGCUUGCAUUGAGAUUUGCAUUUCACCUUUUGUCAGAAAGAAAUUCAGCAGAUAGUGGUGACAUCUCACGAAUUUUAAAGAAUGCCAGAGUGAUGAUCAUGCCAGCGGUUAACCCAGAUUCUUUACUGGAAAAUGUAACUGAUUCCUCUGAAAUUAUCUCUGGGAGUGCAAAUAGUAAAAACUCACAUGGUGUAGAAAUUGAUAAGGAUUUUCCUACAGGUGAACUGCCAAAACACAUCCUGCAGCCUGAGACACAUUUGCUGAUGAAAUGGUUGGAGAGUGUAAACCCAGCACUGGUGAUCAACUUACGUGCUAGUUCAGUACAUGUUUCUGUACCUUCUGCAUCAGGAGAACUUUCUCCCUUGGAUAAAAAGGCUUUGCAUGAUUUGGGUCUCCUGUACGCAUCCAGAAAUCCUGCAGCAGGCCAUGCAAAUUGCACUACAGGACCAAAUGGAAACCCCACAAGUGCUGUUGUGACAGCAGCUGAGUGGAACUCUCAACCUGGUAUGAUGCAGGAAUAUAGUUGGCGAAAUGCUGGUGUGACACAGAUGGAUGUGUACAUUGAUUGUUACCGUAAACCACAUGUAUCACGGCUACCUGGUGUCUGGGAUGAAAAUCGAGCAGGAUUACUGGCCCUGCUGUCUGCUCCACUCAUAUCUGGACUGUCUGGUUAUGUGACAGACAAUGCUAAUUCACCAGUGGCUCAUGCAGAGAUUAGAGUGGCAGGAAAUCUGUUUGUUACAAGAACAACAGAAUUUGGUCAUUUCUGGAGACCGCUUCCAUUCAGAAACACUGAACCUGAGUUGGAAGUAGCAGCUUCUGCUCCUGGUUACCUGUCAGCGGCUCGCCUUCUUCAGCUUCCAGAGUCAGGGGAGAUGCACACACCAUCAGCUUUGAUGUUCCAUAUAGAAAGGGAUGCCCGUGUACUUGGCAUGCCACGGCUUGCCUUUGUUGUUGUGGCUGGAGCCGUGUGCCUCCUCAUUGUCAUAUUGGCAACUUGUUGUUAUGCUACCUGGCAGCGUAGAAGGCGAACACAGUAUGAUAAGUACAGUUUCAUGCAGCUUGCAUCAGAGAGAGUUUCAAUGUUUGAUGAUGACGAUGAUGAUGAGAAAGAAAAUGAAAUUUUUCGCGCUCCUUUCACAGAUUCCAGAAGUGAUGCCAAGAUAGAUGAUGAUGGUAUACGACCCUACUAUGACAAACUGAUCAACCGAGAAGACAGUGAGACAGAUUCUGAAGAAGAUGAAGAUAUUGUUCUUGUUCGACCACAACAGUAGUGACUAAUAUUAUGAUGUAUCCAGUCUUUCACUAUUUUUUAACUGUUCCAUUAGGCUGUGUUUACUCCAGGACAUCCUUGAGAAGAUGAUGAACAAUUAAGUUCCCCCACUCCCUUCCUGAUAUGAUUAGUAAAAUAAUUAAUUCUUGUCCCUAUAAAAUAUUUGUUAGUGGACUUGAAAACUGUAACACAAUAGCUCAUGUACUAUUUUAUGUUGUCCUUUACAGAUUAUUGUGCAGUGACACUUGUCAUUCUUCCAAAAUGGACAAAAUUAUGAUUAUUUUGCUAAUUAGUUUCAUAAGAUGAUUGGAUCAUUACUGUUAAAUGACUUCAAGUGGCACUGCAGUAUUCAUUCCUAAAAUAUUGCCAUAUUCCAGUGUCUGUGACAAUACAUGUUAAACCUAUGUACUGUAAUUUGUAGAUUCAUUAGUAGUUCCAUUCUAUGCUCACUAAACUUUUAAUUUCCCAAGAAGUUAUUUUGUCUAAUUUUAUCCAUACCCUUGCUUGACAGUUACUCCAAAGAAAGGGGGGAAGCAAAAAGACUACAUAAAAGGUGUUUUCUUGUAAGGAAAUCACAGUGUAAUUAGUGGUAAUGUAAUAAGUUAAUGUUAGUAUGUUGGUUAAAGUUUCAGAGGAUCUGUGUAAAGCAUUUUUAUGUAUUUUAUUUAUCUGUAGAUAAACAGUCCCACCACCACCACCACCACCACCACCACCACCACCACCACCACCACCUCCACCUCCAUUGCCCCCAACUCGAUCACCACCACCUCAAACAAUUUAGUUUCUUGAUUUACUCAUUUUUAUAUAUUUUAUAUGUGCUAAUAUUUCAUUCAUAACCCACAAAAGUCCCAAUCUUUGUAUUAAUCAUUGUAGCUUUCCCUUGAGAUAUUUUUAUGAAAUAGUAUACUGAUUUAUUUUUCCCAGCUGUUUCCAAAUACUUGCUUCUGUAUUAUUAAGCAGAUAAACUUACAACUAACCACAUAAAAUAUUGUUAUAUCAGCAAACUAACACUGUUGCUGACAAUAAUAGUUUGUGUGUGACUGGAGAGCAAACAGUAUUUCGUGUAAAUAGACACAACCACCUUUGCCUUUGUUACGAGCAGAACUAUUCCAAAACACAUUCCAAGAAUUAAUCCUGAAAUUGAUGGACAUUAUAUUUGAUGGCAGCUGCUAUUAGGAAUUGCUAUUGGCAAGACUAUCUGGAGGGUAAUGGCUAUCUUUGAGCAUAAUACACCAGUUGUAAUAUUAAGUUUGAAACCUGUCAGCACAUAGAAAUAACUAAGUACUAUGUUUGAAUUACUAAUGAAAAAACCAGUUUUGAACUUUUGAAUUUACUUAUCAACAAACCAGUUGAUUAGAAGUACAAGAAACUGUAAAGUAGUUUUUAAUUUUAAGAUUUGCAGUUCCUAAACAUGGGAGAAGAACCAAAAAGCUGUUAAUGAAAAUAUUUUAUAAUAUGCACUUUGUAAAAAACACUUGUAAAGUUUUAUGUUUUCUGUAAUCAGCUGUUACUCCAAAAUGGAAAUAUUUUUAUAGUCAUAUGUAUUCCGUGUUUUGCUAUCGACUCCUUACACAUAAAUGAAACUGCAGUGAGGCAAUUCUGUAAGAGAUAACAAUGAAGUAUUCAUGUAAAUAAUGUAUUUUAUGUUGUAUGAUGUUUAAUAUCCAUGUGAGAUAAUUUUUUGCCAACUAAAAAAAAUGACAUUUUUGAAAGUUUGACAUUUUACCAUAUAUGGUAAAUGCAGAACAUUUUAAUCAAGAAUUAUUUUAAAUUUAAUUGGUCCCUUAAGGGACCAUUAAAUAGCAAUAAUUAUUGUGAUUACUUUAUUUUUAUAUGUAUUUUUAUGUGAAUAUUGUCAUUACUUUUGGGACCAUUUUGCACUCUGUAAACAAAUUGGAGAGCUGUUUAUAGUAUCAUAAGGCCGCCAAUUUAGAUAGCAGUCAUUGGAUACUAUGUAUGUAAUACUGCAGUUGUUUGUAUCAAGAAUUCAAUAAAAUUAAUUUUGUUAUAAAUUUCUCCAACAUA